CGUGAGCUUCAGGUCGUGAAGGACGUCGUCCAUGUAGUGGUACUCUGAGAACUCCUUGUCCACCAUCUCGUUUUUCAGCUCCAAGACCCGGCCCAUCACUCCCUCCAGGACGUUCCGGAGGAGUCGUCUCUUCUGCGGGUGCACCACCUGGUCGUCGGCCUUCUCCAGUUGCCUGAAGACCUGCAGCGGCACCUCGGGAAUCUCCUCCACCAGCAGACGACUCAACUCCACCUGGGCCUCGGCCCACAGCUCGUUGUACGUCCUGGGAUGGAUGGGGAAACACUUCAGACAAAAGCAACUAUUUCCGCCAAGUCCAUCCUCCGGGAGCCGCAGAAGUCCGACGACCAAAUCAUGUGAACUUCUUCUCGGACUCGGAGUGAUGCGCGCCAAAGAGAAGUAUAAAUACCGACGUUUCUGCACAGGACCAGCAGGACCAGAACCGAACCCUGUCCAGGAGGUCUACCGUCCUUCAAUAGUCAUGCAGGUGGAGAGAAAAUGUCACGUGCUCCUGGCCGUCCUCCUGCUGCUCCUCGCCUCGGCCGACCUGUGCCCGGACGGCCAGGAGGUGCGGCGGCGGGAGAGGAGGACCUUGUUGCUGGACAUCCUCUUGCAGGUCACGCCCGGCGGGCUCCUGGGCCCCCCGCGGGACCUGAGGUGGUCCCCCCGAGGAAAGCCUCUCUACGUGCCCGGGCUGGACGGCGCUCAACUCGUAGAGGUAGUUCCUCGAGACGCAAACAAGAAAAGCAAAUUCAUUCAACACUUCACAGUCUAUGGAGAAAAUGAUGGCCUCCCACUAAUUCAACGUUAUGGACCGGUCAAGUUCUCAUCAGAAUGCAGGACUGGCUUUGACAGACUUUACCACAACACCAGGGAUUGUUCCAGACCAGCAUACUAUAAAAGAUGUGCCAGGUUGCUGACACGGUUAGCCAUGAGUCCUCUCUGCACGCCAUCGUACACCUGAACAUGUGCCGCCAUCAUGGAACUACGUCUUGCCAAGGAAGUGCCUUCACAUCCACACCAGUUACUGUACGUGCGGAUAUACAUACAUCUAUACAUACAUCUAUAUCUAUACAUACAUCUAUAUCUAUACAUGCAGAUAUACAUACAUCUAUAUCUGUACAUACAUCUAUAUCUAUACAUACAUCUAUAUCUAUACAUACAUCUAUAUCUAUACAUACAUCUAUACAUACAUCUAUAUCUAUACAUGCAGAUAUACAUACAUCUAUAUGUGUACAUAUAUCUAUAUCUAUACAUACAUCUAUAUCUAUACAUGCAGAUAUACAUACAUCUAUAUGUGUACAUACAGCUAUACAUAAAUCUAUGUGUACAUACAUAUAUACAUACAAUGUGUACAUUCAGAUAUACAUACAUCUAUGUGUACAUACAUAUAUACAUACAUCUAUAAGUGUACAUGCAGAUAUACAUACAUACAGUAUAUGUGUACAUAUAUACAUCUAUGUUUACAUGCAGAUAUACAUACAUACAGUAUAUGUGUACAUAUAUACAUCUAUGUUUACAUGCAGAUAUACAUACAUCUAUAUGUUUACAUACAUAUAUACAUACACCUAUGUUUACAUGCCGAUAUACAUAUUUCUAUACAUACAGAUAUACAUACAUCUACAUGUGUACAUGCAGAUAUACAUACAUCUAUUUGUGUACAUACAUAUUUACAUAAAUCUGUGUACAUACGUAUAUACAUAAAUCUAUAAGGGUACAUGCAGAUAUACAUACAUCUAUAUGUGUACAAACAUAUAUACAUAAAUCAAUGUGUACAUACAUAUAUACAUACAUCUAUAAGUGUACAUGCAGAUAUACAUACACCUAUAAGUGUACAUGUACAUACACCUAUGUUUACAUGCAGAUAUACAUACAUCUAUAUGUUUACAUACAUAUAUACAUACACCUAUGUUUACAUACAGAUAUACAUACAUCUGUGUACAUGCAGAUAUACAUACAUCUAUAUGUGUACAUGCAGAUAUACAUACAUCUAUAUGUGUACAUACAGAUAUACAUACAAUGUGUACAUGUAGAUAUACAUACACCUAUAUGUGUACAUACAUAUAUACAGUACAGUACAUACAUCUAUAUUUGUACAUACAUAUAUACAUACAUCUAUGUGUACAUGCAGA